GAGGAGCGUGUUUUCAUCGACCUCAAACCUUUCAAGAUGUGGGCACUAAGUGGAAAAUAACUACUUAACGAUGAAUUCUCAUUUUCUACUCGACAGCAAGAUCUGGAUCAGAAUGAGGUGUUUGAUACUUUUUAGUUUGAUUGGGCAAGUUGACCUUGUUGACAACAUAUAUGACCACUGGACAGUAAACGCACCAUCAGCAUCUCCACUUACCCUCAUCUUCCUCAACCAAUCAGAUGCCACUUUCCCAUAACAAAGAGAACUCCAGACCUCUGGAUUUGGACAUUAAAUCGCUGGCCAACAGGAUUAUCUUUGUUCAGAACAGGGAAAACUGAUGACAUAGUCAAAAGCGUGCGAGUCUGAGGUCAAUGAUGGUUCAGGGCAAGUGUGAACUCAUCGCUCUGUGUCUGGGCAUCAUCGGUCUGAUCGGCGCGGUGGCCAUCACAGGCCUUCCCAUGUGGAAAGUGACAGCGUUCAUCGGUGAGAACAUCAUCGUGAUGGAGACGCGCUGGGAGGGUCUGUGGAUGACGUGCUUCAGACAGGCCAACAUCCACAUGCAGUGCAAAGUCUACGACUCUCUGCUGUUCCUGCCGCCGGACCUGCAGGCGGCCCGCGGGUUGACGUGUUGCGCUCUGGCUCUGUCUGGAGUCGGGCUGCUCGUGUCUCUCGUAGGCCUCCGUUGCAUGUCGUGUCUCAGGGAUCAACCGCGGGCCAAAAGCCUCAUUGCAAUGGCCGCGGGGGUGAUGCAGAUUUUAGCGUCCGUUUGCGUGAUCAUCCCAGUCUCCUGGAUGGCCCACACCAUCAUUAGAGACUUCUACAACCCUCUACUGAUUGAUGCUCAGCGCAGGGAACUAGGAGAGGCGCUGUAUAUCGGUUGGGUAACUAGUGCUUUUCUGUUGGCGUCUGGAAUUAUAUUUCUCUGUCGUCGUGUUGAUCCAAAACCAGGCUCAUUUCAUGCUCGUCCACCAACUAACAAACCCAUUUUAAACCGCUUCCAGACCUUUAACUCUAUAAGACACCAGCCUUUGGUCCAGAGCAACAGUCUUUCCAUUCAACAGCUUUCGCCAUCCGCGUUCAGCUACGCCAUUACGCCCUCUAGUGGCCAACAUUCACCCUACAGCAUGCAGGCCAUGGCCAUGGGGUCUUUAGUGUACAGUCAGAAUGGUCAGAAUCCGAACUAUUAUGGCCAAAAUGUGAUGCAGUACGUACCCAGGAACACACAUUACCCGCAUCAGCUUUCCACGCACUUUAAAGGAAGCGACGGCAGCGAUCCGUACGCUUCAUACGCCACCGGAUCCACGUUUCAUCCUGUGCCGCAGAAUCCGCUCUUCUUAGGGUACAACUACUCCAGGGUGCAGUCGUACUGCUCGGACAGUAGCUCUGGAUUGCGUAUAUAAGUGUUUUUGAUGUAUUUCAACAUUUUGUUUUUUAAAUUAAAAAAACAAAUAUGGUCAGAAAGUUUUGUGGGGAUAUGAAGCUCUUCAAGGCGGUGACCUUUUUCAUCCCAAAGCCCCCCAUUGUCAAAGACAAUAUUUUAAAAUUUCAUAAUUAAUAUUCUCCUCUUUUUUAUUUAUUUAUUUAUUUUCAGCCAA